CCAGCGCUGGGGAGUAUAUAAAAGCAGCGCGCUUUGGGGCAGAGGUACAGCGCUCAGGACCCAGCUCAGCUCCAGCUCCAGAGGGCUGGCUCUCUCUCCACCUGCUCUGCUCCGCUCCUGGUAUCAGAAGGCAGCAAAAAUGAAAAGCAUUUACUUUGUGGCUGGAUUAUUUGUGAUGCUGGUCCAAGGCAGCUGGCAACGCUCCCUUCAGGACACGGAGGAGAAGGCCAGCUCCUUCCCAGCUUCCCAGGCAGACCCGCUCAAUGAUCCCGAUCAGAUGAAUGAAGACAAGCGCCACUCCCAGGGCACUUUCACCAGUGACUACAGCAAGUAUCUGGACUCCAGGCGUGCCCAAGAUUUUGUGGAGUGGUUGAUGAACACCAAGAGGAACAAGAAUAACAUUGCCAAACGUCAUGAUGAAUUUGAGAGACAUGCUGAAGGGACCUUUACCAGUGACUUAAGUACUUAUUUGGAAGACCAAGCUGUCAGGGAAUUCAUUGCUUGGCUGGUGAAAGGCCGAGAUAGGAAAGACUUCCCCGAAGGCACCAUUGCCGAAGAGCUCCGCCGCAGACAUGCUGAAGGCUCCUUCUCUGAUGAGAUGAACACAGUUCUUGAUAAUCUUGCCACCCGGGACUUUAUAAACUGGCUGCUCCAAAACAAAAUUACUGACAGGAAGUAAGUAUGUCACUACUCAAGAUCAUCUUCAUAACGUCACCUACCAGCCACAUGGGAGUUUGAAAUUUUAAGUUCUGUGAAAUGUAAGAGGUGUAUUCUGAAGCCAUGUUGCUUUGCAUGCCAAUGAAUAGAUUGUAUUUUAAGGCUGUGUUGCCAAAAGAGUAUAAUGGAAUAAACUAUUGUCAAACGAUUGCUAAAAUGUCAGCUUUAAAAAAAUCUCUUGUUUUCUUCUUAUUUUGGAUGAAGUACCCUAACCUGCUUAUAGUUAGCAAUGAAAUUGCUUUUCUAUGAUAUGAUUUGUACAUAUAACUUAUUCCAAUCACAGCCUCUUUGCAUUAAAAUAAGGAUUGGGCUGGUAGCCAGAGUGGUGAAACUGGAAAGAAAACUUUCUUCUUGAAACUUUUGUCAUAAAAAUGCUCAGCUUUCAAUAUAUCAAAGACAUACUUAAAUAAAAUCUUCAAGCUUC